GGAGAAGUUAACAAAGCCACGCUCAUUGUACCUCGCUACACCAUCUGCACCACGUUAUCUUGACCGCUGAAGUAGCUCUCCACAAGUCGUACCCUCUACGUACGUCGGGCCACGUGAUCUACGACAAGAUGUCGGCAAAGGAACACAGGAAGGUUUUGGUGGCGAUGGACGGGAGCGACCACUCCGUGUACGCCUUCGACUGGUACAUGGAUACUGUCCACAGGCCAGACAAUGAGGUGAUCAUAGUUCACUGCCCGGACUACAGCGCACUGACACAUUCCCCUGUGAUGUCCAGCGACCCGUCCCUGGUGGCGCAGCUGAUAAAGAAGGAGGAGCAGCAGAUCAACAUCAUCAUCGCCAAGCUGAAGGAGAAACUCGCAGGAUCCGGGAUCAAGGGCCGUAUUCUCCGUCUGACGGGCGACGCAGGGCACGCCAUCGUAAAGGCGGCAUUAGCGGAGCACGUGGACGUCAUAGUGACCGGCACGAGAGGUCAAGGCAAGGUCAGGAGGACACUUCUCGGCAGCGUCAGUGACUACAUCAUACACCACUCAAACGUACCAGUGCUCAUCUGUAAGAAACCACACGACGGGACAGAGGAGAAGCAAUAGACUGCGUCAGGGAUAUCAUUAUACAAUUGCGUCAGCGCCUACAACGGUGACAAUAUACAACAACGUCAGCAACAUACAACAACGUCUGCAACAUGAAACAGUCAAAUAUAUCUUACCGUCAGUAAUUAACUACAGUGCCAGCAUAUACAUAUCUUAAGCAUACAGGAGCGUCUGCAACAUCCAACGACGUCAGUAACAUGCAACUACGUCAGCGAUAUCCAACAGUGUAAGCUGGAUAUACAGUGUCAGCAACACAUAGUAGCGUUUAAGCAAUACACUACAGUGACGGCAAUACAUCGUCAUAACAUACGCCGGCCUUGGCAACAGUUGUCGGGGUCGGCAUCGUACAACAACGUCACCAACACAAAGUUUACAUGUGCAGCAGUGUCAGCAACAUGUACCAGCAACAGCAACAUACAACAGUAUCAGCAAUGACCAAGGGUGCACCCACCUGAUUAAAUGCACAAAUGUCCCUUAUCCCUCAAUGUGUUUACAUUGUUGUUACAUCGUCUGUCCGCCCGUAUGUUGUUUCUUCAACAGUUCAAUGAAUGUUUCCAACAUAACGAUGGUUAACCGGUCAGACCACGGCUUUGUAGGUCUUAUGUCAUAAUAAAUGUAAAUCUAUC